AUGGAGCGUCCUGCACCUCAUGCUAAUUCCAUGAUCUCAGCCGCGGCUCUUCGAAGUCGUAGUCGGCCUAAUGAAGGUCAUCCACACCCAGCUCAUGCAGCCUUCACAGCGCCUCCAGGAUUGCCAGCUCCAGCAGAAGCACAGAACAUGCCAAGUAGCCAGCAACUUUUGUUGCAGUUGGUUCAGUCACAGCAGGUGCAGAACCAGUUGCUACAGCAACAGAUGGAUGUGCUCAGGCAGCAAACACAGACACCCACGGCAUACAACAAUCCAGAAGACAUGCUCGGCACUUUCGAUCCUUCGCUCCAACCUGUUUUGAAGGAGUGGGCCUGUGACUAUCGCAAUGCUCUGCAACAGCAUGUCACACAAGCCAAUUUGCAGCAGAAGUAUCAAGACAUUGCAGUGUCUGGUGAACUUCACAAGCAGUUCCAAGAUGAAAGCACCAGAAGUUGGCAGUGGCCUCAGGCUUUCAAAGCCAACGCCCAGGAGUUGACCACAACUUCGGCUUUGCUUGAAGAAGGUCAGAGGGACAUGUACAGAGCUGACGUUGCAGGUCCGUUCGACAUUGAGGCAGCAUUCAGAGCUAUGAGACGCCGGCAUGCUCAGGAAUGCCAGAGCUUUGUGUUUGCUUACCAGCGACAGUGCGCAGCUUUCUUUGAGGUGUUUGCUGAACUGGUCUUCCGAACAGAGCAUCCGAAGGCCAUGUCCAAGCAGGAGAAGGACAAGGAAUCCAAACAGAAGAGAAAGGAUGAACUUACAAAAGCUGAAGCCGAGUUCAGGAUUAUGGACGUCAAUAAGAUUUUGGCCAUGGCAGUGUUGGAAUUUGCAACUCUGUCAGGAAAAAGCGGAACACAGAAGUCACAGCAUGUCGUACCAACCACUGGUGCCCUGGCCUAUUUUGUCAAGCAGCAUCCAGAUUCGGCAAAGAAGUACAAUAUCUCGGUCGGCUCAACUGUGUCCAAGCCCAAGUCCAAGCCCAUGGGAUCCAAUGACAAAGAUCGUGGCAGAUCGGGCUCCAGAACGUCUAUCAAGAGUAGGCAGUCCAGCCUUGGUUCGCACAGAUCCCGCCAGUCUGCGAAGAGUGCCAAGUCUUCGAGGGCUUCUAGGGCAUCCAGCAGAAACAAAAGCAAGGGCAAGGGUAAGGGCAAGGGCAAAGGAAAGCAGACCCGAGGCAAAGGGCAGUCCAAGGGCACCGGUCAUAAGCAAGGCGGAAAGUUUGUGGCGGACAGAUGUGCCAGUUCAGCUGCUAAAGUCUUGACAAGCGUUUCUGCUUUGGAAAGGUCUUUGAAUACGGCAGUGUUUUUUGACAGACAUGCACUUGAACCUACCUUUUUCAGACGUUGCCGUCUCCGAACUGCUUGGAAGCCCAAAGAGGAUCCAAUCAUUUCUGCAUAUGGCAGGCUGCUGCGAGAAGAACUCAGUAGCUAUUCUCCUCGAGAACUUGUCAAAAAUGAAGAUUUCAUUGACAAAGCUGCUCGGAAAUGGCUAUGGCAACACCGACGUGAAAUCAGCGUAGUGGAUUGCGACAAGAACCUUGGUGAUGCAAUUGUGCCCAAGCACUGGGUUAGGCAAGAGUGCUUGAGAUUGCUGGAGGAAGCCUCGUACAAAGUCUCCCGCGCAGACUUCCUGGAUUCCUCUGCCAAUUUGAAAUUCCUGCUGGAUAGUUUUUUGCAGCAAUCAGUGCUUGCGGGUUCCAUAUCCACCAGACUAGCAGCGUUCAUCCGCAAGGAUUUCGGUUCCAAAAAUGUUGGCAGUUUUCGACUCAGAGUGAAGUUGCACAAGUCCCCAGUGGUAGGCAGGCCAAUCAUGAACCUGAGCAAGGCUUGGUUUAGCCCCUUGUCAGUUUUUCUCACUGAAGCGCUGGCGCCUAUGCUACAAAGACAGCUGCAUGUCAUUCAGUCUUCGCAAGAUCUUGUGAAACAGCUUGUGGAUUGCGUUGUCCCUCCUGGUUUUGCUUUGUUCACGUUUGAUGUGCGGAAUCUAUACCCCAGCAUUGACCAACGGCAUUUCCUCAGUGUCAUAGCCAGCAAAGUGAGGUCUUUCUGGAGUUCGAAGCCCAGUUUUGGGGCCAUGAUAGUCAAGCUCAUUGAGUUUCUGCUUGCCGUACAAUAUGUCGAAUUUGAAGCAGACAUAUGGCAUGUACAAAGUGGUCUACCUACUGGAUUGCAAGCCUCCGUCGUGUUUGCCAACUUGUACCUUGCUGCUUUUGACGAUUUUCUUGUUCAGAGAUGUUCCUGGAUUUUCAUGUGGAAGCGUUACAUAGAUGAUGCUUUUGCAAUAUUUCCUCUGGACUCAAAAGACGAGUGUCUUCAAGAACUCAACAUCUGGCAUCCGAACAUCGUUUGGGAGAUGUCUGGUUCCGGUAUGGCAGUGAAUUUCCUGGAUCUUAGUUUGACACUGCAGAUGGGAGAUCGUUCCAUUUGUUUUGAGACUUUCCGAAAGCCGCAGAACGCAUACUUGUACUUGCCACGGACUUCAUGUCACCCACCCAGUGUGUUCAAAGCUUUGGUGAUUGGUGAGACGCAGAGGCUACACCGAACAAACCGGAAGAAUGCCAAAGCUUUUGCCAAGCACCUAGACCUGUUUUUUGACAAACUGCAACACAGAGGCUACUGCAAAGAGGAGGCACGACGCCUUGCCAUGCAAACUGUCAAGAAACUAGAAUGCUCGACAGCCAGUCAGCAGCAACCACGAAAGUUCUUUUUCCGCCAGCAGUACAGUUCUUCUUUGAACGUCUCAGUCAUAAAACGUGUUUUGAAAAAACACGCGUCUCUUGUGCAGUCUAGGUUCACUUCUCGUGUAGAAGUUUUUCUUUCCUAUAGCAUCCAAUGCAACAAUUUCAGGAGAAAUUUCAGUUUGAAUUGGCACUAA